CUGGUUUCACCUUGCCCCGGGCGUAUCAUGUUCCCGGAUUCGCUUACGCCCCGCUCAGCUGUCACCGGCCAGGGACGGGAGGCGCAGGACGUGGCGGACCCUGCGCGCCAUGGACAGCGCUGCGCCCCGCGAGCCCGGGGCCACUGAGACCCCCGCCCGCCCGCGCCCACGCCUGGUGUUCCGAACGCAGCUGGCGCACGGCAGCCCCACGGGCAGGAUCGAGGGCUUCACCAAUGUCCGCGAGCUCUACGCCAAGAUCGCCGAGGCCUUCGGGAUAGCGCCCACAGAGAUCCUAUUCUGCACCCUCAAUAGUCACAAAGUAGACAUGCAGAAGUUGCUCGGGGGACAGAUCGGGCUGGAAGACUUCAUCUUUGCACACGUGCGUGGAGAGACCAAAGAGGUGGAGGUCACUAAAACAGAGGAUGCUCUAGGACUGACCAUCACAGACAACGGGGCAGGAUAUGCUUUCAUCAAGAGAAUCAAGGAAGGCAGCAUCAUCAACAGGAUCGAGGCAGUGUGUGUCGGGGACAGCAUCGAGGCCAUCAAUGACCACUCCAUUGUGGGCUGCCGGCACUAUGAGGUAGCCAAAAUGCUGCGGGAGCUGCCCAAGUCCCAGCCCUUCACCCUGCGCCUGGUGCAGCCCCGGAGAGCCUUCGAUAUGAUUGGCCAGAGGAGCAAGAGCAGCAAGUGUUCUGUGGAAGCCAAAGUGAGCAGCGGGAGGGAGACGCUUCGGCUGCGCUCUGGGGGCACUGCCACUGUGGAGGAAGUGCCCAGCGACUUGGAGGCUGCGGCAGCACGCAGGGUGGAUGACUUGCUGGAGAGCUACAUGGGCAUCCGGGACCCCGAGCUGGCAGCCGCAGUGGUGGAGACUGCGCGGAGCUCGGCGGGAGCCCAAGCCUUCGCUCGCGGCCUGGACGCUGUUCUGGGCGAGUUCGCUUUCCCGGACGAGUUCGUGGUGGAGGUGUGGGCAGCCAUCGGAGAGGCCCACGACGCCUGUGGCUAG